ACAGACAUCUUUUAGCAAUUGAAAAAGAGAGGAACACACACACACACACACACACAGAGAGCAGGCAGCAAGGCAAGCAGACCAAAAAAAGGGAGAGACACAAGGACAAACAGAGACACAAAGACAGGGAAAAUUAGGAAGCGGAGACUGGUGAAGUGAAGAUAGAUGAGAAGGAAGAGAGAGUAGAAAUAAUGAAGAGGUGGUUGCACCAUCUGCUGCCAGAGAGCAAAACAUGUUGUCGCCAUUCAGACGGGAGCAGGGAGGCAGCUGGCGAUCUGCAGUGAGAUACCCACAACCCCUCCUGAAUGCACUUCAACCCACCAAGCCCGCUCUCUAACUGAAUCUCUGUCUUUCGUUCAGACAGUCAGAAUGAAGAGUCUGCAGCUAAAAGGGAGGAGAGUUUCGAUCAGGAGAAUAGAUCCACACUGCUCUGAGAGGUCCCACAACACCGACAUAUGAUAAUAACAAACAGCUUUUCUGUCUGGAGGAGCAGUCAACCUUUCUUUUGGAAAAUACUCACAUUGAGGACAGGUACUGCGCAGCUGAUUUCAGAUGUUUUUUUUUUACAAAAAACAAAGACAGUUUUGAGAGUUUUUGUAAAGAAUCAGGACUGCAGCACUUGCGAUGCAUACUCCAGCCUCCAUGGUGAUGGGGAUUGUCUUUGCCCCUUUGGGAUUGGUCCUUGUCUUCACUGCUGCCAUCACCCCUCAGUGGAGAGAGGGACGGGCACGUCUAGGCAUGGCAGGGCUGGGGUCAUUUCUUCGGUCAGGAGUGAAAGGUCAGGGGAUGGGGGUCAAGUCCGGGUCAGUGGAGGCACUGCUCUUGCUACGCUCUGAUGGACUCUGGGAGAGCUGCCUGCAAGUGGAGCACUCAGAGCUGAAGCAGUGCUGGCCUGUGGCAGGUCCAUAUCAGAGAGACCCGAGGGUUCGCCUGACACAAGGUCUGGUGCUGACCUCAUUGUUCCUGUGUGGCACUGGUAUUGUUCUGGCAUGUAUCGGGGUCCGGUGUUGGAUGGAUGUACCUUUGAGAGGUGUAGCAGCUACAGGUGGACUCCUGGUGGUGAUGUCUGGGCUGCUGAGCCUGACUGCACUCGGGGUGUACACCCACAACCUUGGAAGACUGGGGAUGGCAGAUCCAAGCCAAGGGAUCAAUAACCCCAGAUUCCCCCACCUCAGCCUCCAUCCAGCCGGCUCGCUCUACUUUGGAUGGCUGGGUUCAUGUUUACAGGUGCUGGGAGGCAGUGCUCUGCUGUUCAGCUCCAAACGACCAAAAUGCCCGACCUGCCCUUCCUGCCCAGAGCUCCCUGAUUGCCCUGCGUGUCGUUCAUGCACAGAAAUGAUCAACAAACCAGACACAAAUGUAUAUGAAGUCAGCUGUUGAAAAAAAAAUGGGUGAACAUAUCUGGAGAUGUGGGCACUUCUUAAAGUCACUUCAACUCAGCUAAUAAAUCUGCCAAUGUGUCAAUUUAUAAAUGACUGCAAAACCACAGGACAUUGCCAGCACCUGAUUAAUAGACCCUAAUGUCAGGUAUGAACAUGAUGGAUGUAAUUGCCCCUUGACGUAGAAAGAAAGAUGUUUUUAGGGUGAGGAAUAAAAAGUGAUGAAUCAUAAAGUACAAAGAUUGUGCCAGGUUCAUUAAGAUCAUUAUGGUUGAAAAGAGCUCAAGUUCCUGCUGCCUUUAACUGCAACAUGUAGUGAAACAUGACUGAAGUGUCUCUUUGUGCUGCCUUUAACAUUGUAGCCAUGCCUCUGUACUGUUAGCAAGAAACGUUUUUUGUGUCCGAACAAAACUGUGAAAUGUAAAAAUAUUUGUGAUAAAGUACAGGAGUGGACUAGCAGUUGUUUAGAUAAUGUCAGGGCUUUAAAUAUGAUUUCAAGCUUGUUUUAGAUGCUGUUAAAGAUUACCACUGUAAAAAUCUGGAAUGUACUUUGUAGUCUUAGGUUACUUGUUAACAGAAAAUGAUGUUAAAUCCUGUUUUCUUUGGAACAGAGACAGCAAUCUUGAAUUAUUUACUCCAGAAGUAUUUGCAUCUGCUUUUAAUAUUUAGUUUGACUCAGUCACUGCAAGAAAGGAAAAAAAUCUAUUUUAGAAGUCAAAUUAGUGUAAACACAUAAUAAAUAAUCUUCCAAUUUCUUAGUCUGGCAGGGUAAAUCUUUGUAUGAUACCUUCACUGAAGAGCCUUCAUCUAAUGGAUGUGAUAUUUCUGACUUGAUAACACAAACAGAAGAAAAAAAAAGUGUUUGAGGAGGAGGACGUACAAAAGGGUGUGGUUUGUUCUUUAUAGAUUAUUUGUUGACGUUAACUUGAUGUAGUGUGCUCAUACUUGGUGAAUUCUAAAUUGAAUAAAACAU